CAUACUGGACAAAAGGUGUACUUCGAAUUCCUCGAACCUUUGCCCAAACAGACGUUCAACAUGGAACAGACAGAUGAAAUCCAGGAUCAAAUCUCGCAAGAACUCUUGCAUACCCCUUUUGCGUGUUCCUCCAUCAGUGCUUUGUCCGGAGGUACUGCCAAUUUCGUAUACCGAGGCAUACUCUCGUCAACUGCAAGUUCCAUUAUCAUUAAACAUACCAAAGACUAUCUAGCUUCCAAUCCAAAUUUCAAACUUGCUGCCACGCGAAGCCACUUUGAAGAAGCCGUCCUUCAAGCACUUGAUAGCGCCUCACCCUACUCCCAGGAUCAUAUCACGGUGAAACCACCUCGCCUCUUCCACUUUGACCGAGAAACGCACACACAAGUUCUCGAAGAUCUUCCCAAUUCACUCAAUCUGAAGAACUAUUUACUCUCGGAAGUUUCCCAUGGCACGUCGAGGGCCUCAGCGCAAUCGCUCGGUCGCGCUAUUGGAGGUUGGCUACGAUCCUUCCACGAGUGGACAAUCCAACCGGAACAAGAGGAGCUCACAUCCGUUCUCAAUAAGAGUGAUGUGAUGAAAGACUUGAAGUUUUAUAUCAACUACGUGAUGUUGGUGGACACUAUUAAAGACUUCCCGGUGCUCCUGGAAGACAGUCGCGGUGUAUUUGAGGAAGUUCGUGAUCUUGCAGCGGCAGAGCUGAAGAGACAGGACUAUGAUGACAGUUAUGGGAUUAUUCACGGAGAUUUCUGGACUGGAAAUGUCCUCAUUCCGAAUGUUCCACUGACUGGACAGCCUGAAACGACACUGUUCGUUGUUGACUGGGAAAUGUCGCACAUUGGGAUCCGAGCCUUGGACCUAGGCCAGAUGAUUGCUGAGCUUUACGAGAUGAAGCUCUUCAAAGAUGUGGAGGCGGGCGUUUGGGUCAUCGAAGGGCUACUAGAGGGAUAUGGGUCUCUGAGCGAUGAAAUUGCGUUUCGAACUGCGAUGCACGUUGGUACACACCUCAUUUGUUUUGGGACUCGGGUCUCUGGAUGGGGCAGCCAGCAGAAAAUUGAAGAAGUUGUCAAGGUAGGCAGAGAUCUCAUUGUUCACGGCUGGAAGAAAGAAAGAACGUGGUUCGAAGGGGAUACUUUGAGAUGUUUAUUUAGAACCUAA